GACAGUCAGGCUUAGUUGUUGAAGUCGGCUAUUGUUGCGAGAGUUACACAAAACAAUCUCGCGAAGACAAAACGACAAAACGUUCAAAGAAACAGCCUAUAAGUAUCGAUCAUCAACACCUACUAGUAGCGUUAUCCGGCCAGCUCAGAACCUCUCACUUCCAACACUUGACCAAAAUCGUCAAAAAUGCUUUUCUCUUCUUUGAUUCGAUUUGCGAUCUCUUCCUCGAUGCUCACAGUUAGCCUUGCUGCUGUCCUACCUGAAAAGGGGCUCAUAGUGGAGCGAGGUCACGACUCCGAGAACGGCACCCUGGAUCUCGGUACCCGGGCCUGCCAGUAUGGCUGCGCACCGCACACACCCACUCCGGACGGCAGUUGCGGACCUACUAGCGCAGGAUACUAUACCUGCCGAGCGGGUGACUGCUGCUCCAAAUGGGGUUGGUGUGGCGCUACAGACGCCCAUUGUGGAGCCGGCUGUAACAUCGAGUUCGGAACCUGUGGCAGCUCAUCUCCGGCACCCCCUCCUCUUCCUCCCUCACCGCAACCGCCUGCCGGCAAGAUUAGCCCGAAUGGUAGUUGCGGUCCUGGGAGUACGGGUCAAUAUAGCUGUCCUGCAGGUAAUUGCUGCUCCUCUUGGGGAUGGUGUGGUGCCACGCCAACGCAUUGUACAAAUUGCCAGAAGGGCUUCGGUCAAUGCUAGAUAAGCCUUGCCGUAAUUCAGAAA